UCACCUCCAUUCUUCAUACUCAUCUGUUUAUGGACAUUAGACUUCCACUUUCUGUACAUACGGAUUGAUGGGAGAGAGAAAGUGGAACAGAGUUUACCUUAAAGCAUUUAUAAUAAGACAAUGAGGGAGGAAACAGCCAUGGGUUUCGAUUAAAAACAUUUCUGUUUUAUUGGAUUCAAUUGAAUUUGUUCUUCCUUCCCUGUGUUUUGGGCCAUUCUAUAGCUAUUCUUCUGCUGCUCAUCUCCUUUUCGCCCAAUCAAUUUCUUCUUCUAACCUCUUUUCCCAUCUGGGUCUUUGGAAAAUCGAUAAGGGGGCUCGGAAAACAUUGUACCCACAUCGAGAUUUUCGACUUCUCUCUUUUUCUGUCAAAUUUUAACCAACCCCUUUUUCUCUCCUUUCGCCAUGACUGUGGAGACUCAUUCCGUUACUUCUGUCGGUGAUGAUGGUGCCACUGAUCGUUUUCCUGUUGGGAUGCGGGUUCUUGCUGUUGACGACGACCCUAUUUGUCUCAAAGUGCUUGAAACUCUCCUCCGUAGAUGCCAAUACCAUGUUACCACGACGAAGCAGUCCAUUGAGGCUUUGAAAAUGUUGAGAGAAAAUAGAAACAAUUUUGACUUGGUUAUCAGUGAUGUGAACAUGCCUGAUAUGGAUGGUUUCAAGCUUCUUGAGUUGGUGGGGCUUGAGAUGGACCUACCUGUGAUCAUGUUAUCAGCACAUAGUGAUACUGAGCUUGUUAUGAAGGGGAUUUCGCAUGGGGCAUGUGAUUAUCUGUUGAAACCGGUUCGAAUCGAGGAGUUGAAGAACAUUUGGCAGCAUGUGAUUCGGAGGAAGAAGCUCGAACCGAAGGCAAAGAACAAGUUCCCUAGUGAAGAUAAGGCUCUUAAUGGAGGCAGUGAAGGUGAACAAGGUUUCUCAUCAACCAGUAAUGCAGACAAUGCGAAAUUCAAUAGGAAACGGAAGGACCAAGACGACGAUGACGAUGAAGAUGGAAAGGAUAACGGGCUUGAUAAUGACGACCCCUCGAACCAGAAGAAGCCUAGAGUAGUGUGGUCGGUUGAGUUGCACAAGAAAUUCGUUUCAGCGGUUAAUCAGUUGGGUCUCGAAAAGGCUGUGCCUAAGAAAAUCCUGGAUCUGAUGAAUGUUGAAGGACUUACCAGAGAAAACGUAGCAAGUCAUUUGCAGAAAUAUAGGCUUUACCUGAAAAGAAUCAGCAAUGUGGCAUCCCAGCAAGUUAGCAUGGUUGCUACGUUUGGGAGUAAAGACGGCGCGUUCAUGGGGAUGGGUUCGCUCGAUGGAUAUGGAGAUUUACAUGGCUUUGCAGGAAUGGGACGGCUUCAAAACUCUUCGUUAUCAUCUUAUUCACCUGUUGGAAUGCUUGGAAGAUUGAACUCCCCGGCUGGAAUGAGUCUGCGUGGAAUCACUUCUUCUGGACUGAUACAGCAAAACUCCAAAAAUUUGAACUCCGCCAUUAGUAACCUUGGGAAGCUCCAGCCAACUACUAUGCUGCCUCCUAACCAACCUACUAAUCUGUUGCAAGGAAUUCCGACGUCGCUCGAGCUCAGCCAGCUGCAACACAGCAAGUCCACCAUUCCUAUUGGAGACUUCAAUAUAAUAAAUGAGACGUCUGGGUUUGGAGUUCCCAACAGUUUCCCUGAUAGUAGAGUGAAUAUUGGAAACUCAACCAAUUUGGUUUCCACUGCCCCGUUGAUGUUACAAGGAACCAUGCCAACAUAUGGAAACCAGACUUCCCUUAGAGUGGAUCCGCUGAAUGGAGAAACUUUUGACGUAGACAUUGGUGGUUCAAAUUUUUUGGAUCCUGAUCCUUCUAAUGGAACCUGGCAGGGAGCAGCACAAUUGUCUAGAUUCUCAGCCAAUUCUUUGAAUCAAAAUCAAGCCUAUCCUAAUGAUCAAUUCAAUGCAAUAAACUCAAGCAUUUCUUUGACCCCCUCAACGUUUGGGAAUGUCUCGGUUGAUUUUUCCUCGAGAAGUGCAGUUGCAGCUCCCUUGCAGGAUUCAAGAGAUAUGCAGUGUCAGGCAGGGGUAGUUGGCAGUGUUAUUCCAACUAUAAAUACCAUGCCGAAGCAGAGUUGGGAAGAGCUUAAACACGAUUACAGUCGAAACGUGCAGCAUAAUCUUGGUGCAAUCAAUUCUCUAAUUUCUGGGAAUGAGACUCUAAACCCCUUAAGCCAGAGUUUCAAUCAGAAUAAUCUAGUAUAUGAUAGAAAGGUGAGUUCAUCUUUGAUGGUCCCAUCAAAUGCUGCUCCACUGUCCUUCGCUCAACAUAACAUGGUCGAAAAAUUGGGUCCUAACACGAAGACGAAUGUGGAUGGCAACUAUCUGUUGAAUCAAACAAAGUCACACGAUGGGUCGACUCAGGGCAGUUCCGAGUCCUUGGAUUAUAUAAUGAAUGCGAUGAUCAAACGGGAACAAAAUGAAAUACCAGAAGUGAAUGGAGAAUUUGGAUUUGAUAAUUUCUCUCUAGGAUCGUGUAUUUGAGACCUGUAUCUGCUGUCUGCUGGAUGGAACGCAGCAUCACGGUGAUCUGAAAGCAGUUUCGUGUACCAUUAUGUAGUUUUUCGUCCGUUCGGUUUCUGGCUACGAGGUUGUUCCAUCUCUGUCUGUUCAUCCAUUUACUGAUGCAAAACAUCUCGUUUCAAGGUUGUUAUUACAAAGCAGCAGACAUUGUCCUUAUCCUUGUUCAUAGAAUAAUGACAGGACAACUUUGCAGCUUUCUCUUAGCUUUUUCUGUUUCAUAUGCCUUGUUGUCCUUGAGAGAGAAAGUUGCUUGAAACGUAACAUGGGGAAGCCUAUUAUUGUGUGAUUAAUUAAAGUAAUGCAGAUUUACAAUGCUUCUUUCA